AAGAACUUCAAAAACGGCGGAGCAUCGAGUCCGGAGUCCGGAAGUGUCUGGGGUAGAUUGAAAUCCGGAAGUUUGGAGAAACUCGGCAUUUGUUCAGGCAGCCUCAAUUGAAGCUAUGCUCGUCUCUUCCCAACCUCCCACCAGCAAGGCACUUCUGGAUUCGCGACCAUGAGACCUGCUGCCCUGCAGGAACGAGUGAGACCGCUCCGCAGGCACAGGAGCUUGCAACUAGCGCCAAUCUCCCACUGGGCGUUGAGGAUGCGCAUGCCACCUCUGCGUUUAACACCCACCGCGGCGGGAAUCCGGCUACUACGGCAAGGCCAGUUUCCUCGUGGCUUCUUCUCCUCCAGGAAACAACGCAACAAAUCAGCAUUUGGUAAAGGCAAUGAACUCCGCCAGGCACGACAAGUCAGAGAGAAAAUUGAAGAACGAGAAAGGACUGAGGAAGAUGAAGAGACCCAGUCCCGGACGCAAUCACAACCGACGGCUUGGACGUCCUUUACCGGCAAUUUCGAAAGUUUUUCCAAGGUGACAGAUAUCGAAUGGUCCACAAUCCCAGAUCGCGUCGUCGACAUGAUAGUGCCAGAAUGGUCCAAGUCGUUGCCCAUGUACAUUCGAAAAUUGCAACAUGAACUGUCCAUGGCCCCUGGAUCGCUGGCCGAUGAGAUCUGGAAUGAGGCCCAUGACCCUUUUAUCAACCCUGAGAUUCAGUACAAGGCCAAUGUGCGCGUCUCGGAUGAGUUAUGCGACGAUGAGAAAGAGUAUCUGGCACGGCGGAAAAAGGUUGCCACUGCUGCCUUGGCCAGGUACCUCGGCCUAGAUGAGAAAGAAGUCCAUCCCGACGACGUGCCCACCAUUGCCAUGUGCGGCUCGGGCGGGGGCUUACGCGCAUUGGUCGCGAGCGCAGGCUCACUCGCUGCAACUCAAGACGAUGGGCUGUUCGACUGUGUGACUUACACUGCCGGUGUAAGCGGUUCAUGCUGGCUCCAAACACUCUACAACUCAUCCAUCACGAACGGCCGGUUUGAUCGCCUCAUUGCCCAUGUGAAGGCGCGCAUAGCUGUUCACAUCGCUUACCCGCCAAUCGCAUUCUCAUCUGUCUUGUCGGCACCAACCAACAAGCUUCUCUUGAGCAGCAUGGUUGAGAAACUCCGGGGCGAUUCCAACGCAGACUUUGGACUUGUGGAUGUGUAUGGUAUCCUCCUAGCGGCAAGACUACUAGUCCCUAAGGGUGAACUGGAAGUCAAUGAUCGCGACUUCAAGCUCUCAAACCAGAGAGACUAUAUCAAGUACGGGCAGAACCCAAUGCCCAUAUACACGGUUGUACGACACGAAAUUCCAGUUGUAGGCGGCGCCGUGACGCAGGACUCACCGUCCGAGCAGGCUAAGAAGUUGGCCAAGCAGGAGGCCUGGUUUCAAUGGUUCGAGGUGACCCCCUACGAGUUCUUCUGUGAGGAAUUCAAUGCUGGUAUCCCUACUUGGGCUAUGGGACGAAAGUUCGAGAAUGGGGUCGAUGUGCCGCAGGAGGUUGGCUUCCAUCUGCCAGAAGUGCGCAUGCCGAUCUUGAUGGGUACUUUUGGAAGUGCAUUUUGCGCAACUCUGAGCCACUAUUACCGGGAAAUCCGGCCUCUUGUCAAAAGUCUCUCGGGAUUCCGUGCCGUUGACGAGAUGAUCUACGGCCGCAACGAUGAUCUGGAGAAAGUACACCCCAUCGACCCGACCAAGGUGCCCAACUUUGUCUAUGGCAUGGAAGACCAGCUCCGCUUCACCACGCCGACCAAAAUUUACGAGAAUGAGUACAUCCAGCUCAUGGACGCGGGUAUGUCCAACAACCUGCCAAUAUACCCCCUUCUGCGGCCGGGACGAAAUGUAGAUGUUAUCGUCGCCUUCGACGCCUCUGCCGACAUCAAGACAGAAAAUUGGCUUUCAGUUGCCGACGGCUACGCCCGCCAGCGCGGCAUCAAAGGCUGGCCCGUCGGCGCAGGCUGGCCCAAAUCCGGCGAAACCCCCCAAGAGACCGAAAAAGAGCUCGCAGCCGCCGCCGCCGCCUCCCCCGCCGAAGCCGAGACCAGACUCCGCGAAGCGCAAAAAGACGAUCCGGCCACCCCCCAAAGCACCUCCGAACAAGAACGCAAAGCGCUCCACGACCAGUCCCACCCCGAGGACUCCGACCUCGGCUACUGCACCAUCUGGGUCGGCACAACGGAAGAGCGCUCCUCGGAACCGCCUCCCCCCUCCAAGGCCCUCCGCGACGACACGACGUGGCAGCUCAUGGAGCCGGAUGCGGGGAUCGCGGUCGCCUACCUGCCCUUCGUCGCGAAUGAGAAGGUGCAAGGUGUCGAUCCCGCGAGUAGCGAGUAUAUGAGUACGUGGAAUUUCGUUUACACGCCCGACGAGGUGGACAAGGUUGUCGCGUUGGCGCGGGCGAAUUUCGAUGAAGGGAAGGAGCAGAUAAGGGCUUGUGUUAGGGCUGUUUAUGAACGAAAGAAGAAACAGAGGCUGGAGAAGGAGAAGGAGAGGAGGAGGGAGGGGAGGAGGAGGCUGAGGAGAUUGGGGAUUGAGGGGAAGCUGGGGGAGGGAGAUCAUUUUAGUUGACGGGGUGAGUGGGUGAGUGAGUGGGAAUACCCUUUUGCUAGAUGAUACUGCUGCUAAAAUGUGUUUGGUGGUGUAGAGUGUAGAUGGGUAAUUUGCACUGUAGAUGCGCGACAUAGAUCGAAGAGAGCAGGAUGAUACCCACGGCAGGCGGGUGCUAUUGUCACGUUCACCCUGACCAGCGCUGCUCUAUCCUACGUAAGCAAAGUCAGACGAAUCGUGAUCAAAUAUGGGCUGGUACUUGACAUGAAGGCAUUGUACAUGAUAAUCGAUUGAACAGGACCAGGUUGUAUAUAACCCAACAGAAUA